AUGUCAGAGUCUGCUUCCGACCCUGGAGGCCCUGAGCUGCCCUCCAGCAGCAACCGCAGUGCUGAAAGACGCAGACGCAAAUGGCGACAGUUGCAAGAAGAGCGCUGCGUCGAUGACUCUGAAGAUGCCGAUGACGACUCUGAGGAUGGUUCCUUGGAGCAGUGGAAGAACACCCUCUUCGCCAGCCCAGAGCAGCUGAGAAACCUGCCCCCUCUGAACCAAUCGAACUACGUGGUCAACAAGGUCUCUGCUUCUCACCUCACCGACGUUGACCCCGAUUCUCACAUGGUCAAAGCUACUGCUCCUGAUGGCGUUGAGGACAACCCCGCCGUGUUCAACAAUCAACGUCUCGUUGCCGAAAUGAAUCGCCUGAAACUUGGCAGGCCUAAUGAGGUUUCGAAGGAAGCGAAAGACCGUAUCAUUCGGUACAUCAAUGAAUCUGUCAUGCCACAGGUUUUACUUCGCAACAAGGCUUCCGAGCACCUUGACUCUUCGGGAGAAGGCUCUUCCAAAAGGGCUAAGGAUCCAUUGGAAACUCAGCCGAGAGGGUUCAGCGACUAUCCUUUUCCGUCGGCAGCGAGCCUAACGCGCCGUCGAACGCCACAGGAGGCCGAGGAGGAACGGGAGCUUCUGAAGCUGAUGCUAGACUACCCUAUUUUGCCCUGCUCGAACAUGUCAGACGACGUUGUCUCCGAUCCUCAUUUCAUCAAGGCUAUUGCUCCAGAGGGCUUGGAGGGCCAUCCCGAAGUGCUCAGCUUGGCACUCGCCCUCACCGAGUACCAGUGGCAGCGUAAGAGAUUGGCCAGAGAUCGACAAAUUUCUGCCCGUCUGAAGGGGCAGUCCUCCUCGGACAAUGAUCCUUCUCAGUCCUCAGACGUCCUGGACGAGACUCUUCUGACCCCAAGCUUUCUUCAAACUUUCAAGGACUGGUUCGAGAUUUCGAUGAAAGACAACAAUGAGAAGAUGGAAGUGGACGAGCAGCAACUCAAGUGCCAGGGCCAACAGCAGGUCCAGGAGCAGCAGAAGGAGCAGAAGAAGCGCGAGGAGCAGCAGAAGCGCGAGGAGCAGCAGAAGCACGAGGAGCAGAAAAAGCAUGAGGAGCAACAGAAGCACCUGCAACGCCGACGCCGCGUCCUCAAGAGCAUGAUGAGAUGCCUUGUCACGAGCUUCUUCAUCUUCAUGAUCAGAUUUUUCUUUGACGGCGAUCUAUCAACGGCUCUUGCAAAAGGUCUUGCCUUCCUCAUCAACCUUUUCAUCGCGAUCCUGUUGGUGCUGGACUGGGUGGACCACAUCAAGGCAAGGAUCUGA